AAAAAAGAAAGAGAGCCAUAUUCGGCCAUAGAGAGAAGUAAACUGUGAGAGAAAAAGUGAGUUUUUGUUUACUCAAGGGGCUAGCUAUCUUUCUAUUUCUAAAAGAAAAUGUGGAAAUUAAGGAUUUGUGAAGGUGGGGGGCCUAGUUUAAUGAGCUUGAACAAUUAUGUGGGAAGAGAGUAUUGGGAGUUUGAUCCGAAUGCAGGAACAUCUGAGGAGAAAGCUGAAGUUGAAAGGUUCCGUGAAGAGUUUCAAAGGAACCGAUUUAAAACCAAACAAAGUGCAGAUCUUCUCAUGCAAAUGGAGUUAAGAAAGGAGAAUCCCAGAAUUCAAAUUCCACCACCGGUGAAGGUGAAAGACUUGAUAGAUGUGAGAGAAGAGACAGUGGCUAUCACAUUGAGGAGAGGUCUUGGCUUCUUGUCCUCCAUUCAGACCCACGAUGGCCACUGGGCUGGUGACCUCGGUGGCAUGAUGUUUUCAAUGCCCCACUUUGUUAUAGUUCUUUACAUCACGGGAUCUCUUCAUUCUGUUUUAUCUUCAGAACACCAAAAGGAAAUUAAGCGCCACACAUACAAUCACCAGAAUACAGAUGGAGGAUGGGGUAUACACAUAGAGGGACAAAGCACCAUGUUUGGUUCGGUUCUUAACUAUGUUACCUUAAGGUUGCUCGGGGAAGAACUUGAGGAAAUGGCUGUGGCCAGAGGUCAAAAAUGGAUUCUUGACCAUGGUGGUGCAACUCUUAUACCAUCUUGGGGAAAGUUUAUUCUUUCGGUGCUUGGAGCAUAUGAGUGGUCAGGUUGCAAUCCAGUGCCUCCAGAAUUUUGGCUUAUACCUUCAUUUUCUCCCUUUCAUGCAGGGAAAAUGAGUUCUCUUUCUCGUUUGAUUUAUAUGCCAAUGUCAUAUCUAUAUGGAAGGAGGUUUGUUGGUCAAAUUUCCAGCCUGAUUCAGUCCAUAAGACAAGAAAUUUAUAUUCAACCUUACCACAAAAUUAAUUGGCAAAAAACUCGAAAUAUGUGUGCCAAGGAGGAUCUCUACUAUCCACACCCUUUAGUGCAAGACAUGCUAUGGGAAUUUCUAUAUAAGGUUGGGGAACCUCUUUUUUCAAGUUGGCCCUUCUCUAUACUUAGAGAGAAGGCUUUAAAAGUCGUAAUGGAGCAUAUUCAUUAUGAAGAAAAGAACAGUAGGUACCUUUGCAUUGCAGCAGGGGAGAAGGUGUUGUGCUUGCUAACAUGUUGGGUUGAGGAUCCAAAUUCAGAGGCUUAUAGGUUUCAUCUUGCUCGAGUGAAAGAUUACUUGUGGAUUGCUGAAGAUGGGCUUAAAAUUCAGGGUACACCUUCUCAAACAUGGAUCACUAGCUUUGCUAUUCAAGCAAUCAUCUCUUGUGGUUUUACCGAAGAAUAUCGGUACUCUCUCUUGAAAGCACAUGAUUUUAUAAAAAAUUCACAGGUCCAAAGAAACCCUUCAGGUGAUUUCACCAAAAUGUAUCGUCAUAUCUCUAAAGGUGCAUGGGUAUUCUCAACUCCAGAUAAUGGGUGGCAAGUUUCAGAUUGCACAGGGGAAGCGCUAAAGGCUGCUCUAAUGCUUUCGAAAAUUCCAUCGGAGAUUGUUGGAAGAAAAUUAGAUACAAGAUGCUUGUAUAAUGCUGUUGAUGUCAUUCUUUCUUUCCAAAGUAAUAACGGGGGGUUUUCAGCAUGGGAGCCGGUUAGAGCACCUAGAUGGUUUGAGAUGUUUAAUCCAACAGAGUUCAUGGAGGAUGCUUUGAUUGAGCGCGAGUAUGUUGAAUGCACGUCAUCAGCAAUCCAAGCUUUGGCACUAUUUAAGGAAUUGUACCCUGAAUACCGCGCAAAGGAUAUAAAAACUUGCAUUACAAAAGCGUUAGAUUACAUUCAAAUAACCCAAAAUCCAGAUGGAUCAUGGUAUGGAUGUUGGGGAAUUUGCUUCACUUAUGGGACAUGGUUUGCUGUAGAAGGAUUGGUAAUGUGUGGGAAGAAUUAUAAUAAUUGCCCUUCAAUUCGCAAGGCUUGUGAUUUUUUACUCUCAAAGCAAUUGCCUGAUGGAGGUUGGGGAGAAAGCUAUUUAUCAAGCCAAAACAAGGUAUAUACAAAUAUAGAAAACAAUCGUUCAAACUUGGUACAAACGGCGUGGGCAUUGUUGGCUCUUAUGAAAGCUGGGCAGGCUGAGGGGGAUGCAACACCUUUGCUUCGUGGCAUAAUGUUAUUAAUAAAUGCACAAAAUGAGAUUGGUGGCUUUCCCCAACAGGAAAUUACUGGAGUUUUCAUGAGGAAUUGUGUCCUGAAUUAUUCAUUGUACAAAGAUAUCUUUCCCAUAUGGGCACUUGGAGAGUAUCACAAGCAUAUUCAAUUUGCUUAAUAUCUAUGACAGUCAAUGGCAAUGUAUUGUGUUUUGAGCUCAAAGACCUAUAACCUUUUCUUUCUCAUUGUUUCCUUUUGAUUAUGGAAAAGUUCAUUUAUCGAAAAAUAAAGAUCAGGACAAAUUCAACCUUAAG